AUGUUAAGUCGUUUCAAGAAAGCCUCGCGCGUUUUCCAAGGUGGCUCGAAAGAACAGAACUCUGAGACCACACCGCCCACCACAGCCGCGACUGCACCGACACCAUCUACCACAACAGCAUCUUCACCAACCGCUAUGGCAACCUCCAUUCUAGCUAUCUCGACAAAACUUACAUUGGGAGUCAUUGCUCCGCCUAACGAUUCUGUACACCAAGUCGAGAUCGUGACUACUGAAGUCGAGCCCGCCCAUGUAUCAUUGGAUUCACGCCCCGCUUCUCAUUCCAGCAUGUCAAACAAUGAAAAAACGUCGUCAGAUCAUGCCACCAUCCCUCCAUCUAAUGCCGCCGUUCCUGCAUCCAAUACCGCCACCGCCACUGCAGCAGGCACAACCAACUUCACAACCGCUACCCCAGUUGCUCAAUCGUCUUCAGAUCAGAGCCCUUCGGUAGCUCUGCUCCGCAAUGACAUCUUCCCCCAGAAUAUUGACGUACCGUCGCCCAAGGUCUCUCUGCCAAGGAUCCGAGGCCGAGUUGAAUCUACUCCCCAGCUUGCCUUCCUCAUUAGCCUAUUACGCGCUGCUUCUUCAUCUCACACUUCCAGCGUGGACAAUGGUGGCACAGCUUCCGCUCCCCAGGAUACCCUCAUCGACGCUGCCUAUCGCGACUGGGUCAAGACAACAACGCAACAUUUAAUCGAAAAGGACUACAUUGUAACGCUGCCGUCAAAGCUAGUGGUGGCGUUCAUUACUGAUGCCAGCAAGAAUUCGACGGCCAUCAAUGAAAUUGUUCUUCUCGGACCCGUUCUGGAGCGGGAGGAUUAUCGCACCCUUCUCAGAUGCUUCAUCAAAGAGUUUGAGUCCCGCAUUUUAGACCUCGAGUUGCUUCAAGGUCUGAUCCAUCUUGUUCAGUCCGCCUCUCCUGGGUUCCUUGAUUCCGACGACUUGGUCGACAUUCUCACCCCUAUUUGCACUCGCCUGCAGGGUGUUCACCAGAAGUCCUCGGUCCAUCCCUACCAUCUUACUCUGGCAGUGUCAAGAAUCCUAGAUGUCAUGGCGAAACUCAAAGUCGAGGACUUGGAGCGGAUCAGCAUUCACGAGCCGCUCUCUGUAUUCUUGCGUGGAAUGAAGGACAGCUCGGACCCUUACCUCAUGUACCAAGCUUGCUACGCGUUUCAGGCUCUGCAGUAUGUACCUGAUGACGAGACAGCCCUGGAGGCCUUUCUGAGACAUUCGACAGGUUUGGUGGACGGCCUAAUCAAGAUAUCAGGCUUAGUCCAGCUCAACUUUGGAGGAUUCCUGGAGGGGGUCAAGGAAGGUCAGAAGGUGAUCGAAGAAGCGGCCAGUACGAUCAAGUCAGCGUUCGAGGGAGUCCUAUCGCUGUUUGAGAGCGGGAGAGGGGUAGUCGAUAGUGUUAGGGAGGGUCUUGGAUCUGGACACAAGCGUCUGUGGUAUUUAGCGGUUCGUGGUGCAACAAUACUUGUUCGAGAAGGUCGACUCGCGGAGCUCAACAAAUUGAUCGUUGAGGCGCCUUGCCGCCGAAAUCCCUUGUUCCAAAUGGGCAUUUGCCAGCUGCUUGGAGAGAUUGUGGUCGAUGAGACCUGGGAUGUUGUUACCCGCAAGCAAGCCGUCGAUUUUAUUGGAGUGCUCUAUCGAGACGAUCGAGACUGGGGUCGAGACAAGAGCGUCAAGCAGUGGAUGUGGAUUAUUCUCUGCCGAAUCUCCAAAGUGCAGGACCAAGCCGUCAAGAAUCACGCGUCUGUUUUGGUGCGCAACUUCAGAGUGAAUGGGUGCUCCGAAUUGCCGGGCGAGUCUCCCUUACGGCCCCGACUUACCCCACCCAAAUCUUACCCGCUUCUUAACCGAGUUCAAAAGAUCCCCGAGGUUGAGAAGGACUUGCACGAAGUGGCGCUCGCACAGCUGAGUCACCACUGGGAUCACCAACUCUACGUGUAUAUACCACCACAGGUCAAGGCCAGUGUUGACGCUGCGGAUAGCGAUCAUUCUCCAUUGAUGGAAGAGGUCAUGACCUUCUUGAAGGGCGAGCGGGAAGUGUUGUUGCUAAGGGGAGUUUCGGGAGCUGGCAAGACGACAUUCAACCACAAGCUGGCAUAUGAUCUGUGGACGGAAUACACAACUGGAUGUCCCGGAGGACGCAUUCCGCUUUUCAUCAACCUUCCAGAAUCCAAGAAACCGGACGAGGAUAUGAUCGCGGAGAAGCUCAGAUCGCUCGACUUCAGCAACGCACAAAUCAAAGAGCUGAAACUAACCCGCGAGUUCAUUUUGAUCUGCGACGGAUACGAUGAACGACAACUCCUCGGCGUCAACCUCCACACUGGCAACGGUUUUUACGGCCCUGGGCGCUGGAAGGCAAAGCUUAUUGUCAGCUGCCGGAGUCAGUACCUCCCAAGGGACUACCUCUUCGACUUCCAGCCAAAACCCAAGAGAAAUCCCCCUCGCACCUCCGCGGAGCUCUACCAAGAGGCUGUCAUUAUACCGUUCACGGAGGAUCAGAUCGAGGAGUACGUCAAGGAGUUUGUGGUUCUUCCAGAUGACCAAGUCCUGCUUGCGGAUCGACCGAAAUGGACGGUGGAUGAGUACAUGACAAGAUUUAGGGAUAUCCCGAACUUGAUGGACUUGGUCGGCAACCCUUUUCUCCUGUCAGUGUCGUUGCAAGUCCUGCAUCUGGUCAUUGGCGACACCCAGGAUCUGAGGACGAUUCAAGUCACCGGCGUUCAACUGUACGACAAAUUUGUUGAGAAAUGGAUGGAGCGCGGUCAGAAACGUCUUCGGGAAAACCAACACCUCCCUUCCGACCAAAGGGCAGCAUUACAAUCAUUGAGCAACGACUACACCACCAGUUUCAGUCGACACGCCAUCAAAUACAUGAAGGAUCUGGCAACAUCGGUGUUUGAGAAGCAGGAGCAGGCAGGAAACCCGACCAUCGAAUAUUCUCAGCACGCCGAAAGGGGUACAUGGAAAGCCAAAUUUUUCGGCGACGGCGCCGAGAUCAGUGUGCUCCGGCAGGCGAGCCCCAUUGUCGGAACAGGGACCCAAUUUCAACUCCUCCAUCGAUCCAUGCUCGAGUACUUUUACUCACUCGACUUUUUCGAUCCUGGAGAGACCAAGAAGACCGACAACCACGGCAUCCCCAGCUACGAGGCUCUCCUUGAUUCUUUCAGGACACACAAGAUGACCAAGAGGUCUAUUGUUGGUGAGCCUUCGGUCGUCCAAUUUCUUGGCGAGCGCGCGCGGACAGAUCCGGAUUGGAAGCAGAUGCUUCUCGUCUUGAUGGAUACAAUGGAAACGGAUGUCGAGUCGAUUCAGGGGGCCAACAAUGCCAUCGCCAUCUUGCUUGACGCUGGUAUUCCUAUCAAUGGCGUUGACUUGCGCACCCUUCGACCCCAGUGGUACUCAUCAACCUAG